AUGAUUCGAUUAUCUACAGAAAAUGCGCUGCGAGCUGUAGUAGGGGCCUUUUUUCUUAGUUGCACAUUUAUCGUUACUUCUUACAGCACCACAUUUGCCUUUGAUCAACCCUUCCACACCGCUGUACUGGCCUGCUUUCUCUCCGGGGUCUCGAUUUUGAUCUUGAGCAGAUUUGCUGAUCGAAUAUCGAACGUUUCACUUCCUACAGACAAGUACUCUGCAGUCCCACUCUCGGAGCUUGACACCACAUUUGGAGCCCUACCAGCUAAUGGACUCGACAACCAUGGACCCUCUACGCAUGAUAGACUAUCUUUAAGAUGGUGGCUGAAGGUCGGAGUUCUCUCCGGAAUUGCCUGCGCGCGGAUUGCGCUUUUUCGCAGCAGUACCGAAAACAUUGAGUGCGCUCCCACUGGAUAUACCUAUCUGGUUCCAUUUCUAGUUGCAGUCUACGACAGUUGGCGCAAUCAGAGAGCCGCCAUUUGUUGGGCACGUCCAAGCGGCCCGCAGAAUGCCCUUGUACACGCUUUCAUCUCCUUGGCCAGCCGAGUUCGCUACUUGACUCUGCAGAGUCGUUUACGAUACGUCAUAUCAGCCACUUUUCUGGUCUUUAGCGGCAUUAUUCUCGCCUCAUUCAAGGGUGAUCAAUCAACUUAUAUUUGUCCCAUAGUAUCCGGGGAGCAUACACGACAGCAAACCUUUGGAUAUCUAUCACUUCUCCUGGAUUUUCUAAUAAUAACCGGCUCCGCCGAGCUUUCCAGUGAAGGAGGCCGCCCCGGAGACGGAAACAGAAAGCAGGGCCUAAUUUCCUGGGGUUAUGGUCUUCUCGGCGUUGCUCUUUUUUGGAUACCUUGGGUAGUUUACUUGACCGUAAAGAAUGGAGGUGGCACUUUUGCGACGUCCAAUUACCUCCGAAGUGCGUGGGGACAGGCGGCUCUGGUUGCAAUUGCGAUCACUUCUGCAUCUCAGAUGCUCCCACAGUAUGGCAUGGUUGGGCUCUGUGUUUUGGGUGGCUUCAUUGCGAGUUACUUCAAUUUACUAUCGACGAUAGUCAAUGGGCAGGAGCCCUUCCCGCUGAUACACCCGUCUCAUGCCUUUGCUGCGCUUUUCUUCUGUUCCAUCGGAGGCUUGAUUUUUCUAUUCUCCAGGACGGCCUCGGACGACGAGCCACAGUUCUUGACUCGACUUAACUGGGUUUUGCGGUUCGUGAUUGUCACCUUGUUCGGAAUAGGGCUGUUCUGGAUCUUCAGUCAGCCUAGUAUUAGCCAUCUUCAUCCAAUAGAGUUGCUCAUCCAUGAGGCCGGGGAGAAUCACGAUACAUGGUUGAGAACGGCCAAAGAGAGUAUUGGUUUGGCAGAAGCUGUUCAGCACUAUCAAGUCAAAUACGGACAACACCCUCCACCGUAUGUCUUUUGGUCAUCCUUUAUGGGUUUCGUGCUAAUUGCGUUAGAAAUUUUGACAAAUGGUAUGACUACGCCGUAA